AUGAAUCAUCCCGAGGACAAUAGGCACGAUACAGAUGAUACCGUUUUCGACCCAAUAUCAUUGUUGGAUCACGAGAAAACCAAGAAGCUACUUUUUAGGGAAGAACCAAAAAUCGCAAGACUUUCACAGCAGAAUGUUCGAAUGAUUGAUACCACAGCUGUGCUCUUCCUAAAGGAUCUGGUCUCGAUUACAUCUUCAAGAACAACUGAACAAUCAGACUGCAUCACAUUACGAGAUUUGCGGUCGGCCAUUUCAUCGAAUGAAUCGCUCCAUUUCUUGAAAACUUCUGUGGAUUGCUUAAAGGAAUCCAACCGCAUGGAAACACCUUACCUUCCCACCAAAAAGGCAAAGCGUCAUUCCUUGAUAGAGCCGAAUAACAAAAAGAUCAAGAAAGUAAAAUCAGUUUUGGGCAAUCACAGAAACGACGAGGAAACAGUCGGUUUUGCAAUCGCUGUGUCAGAACACAAGAACGCGAGUACUGUUAAUCCAACACUCGAGAUUGUUCCAGAUGACGACGACUAUGAUUAA